UUUUAGUCCAACCAAAGCGGGGCCAGGCCCUACCGCGCUCGCGAACGUGAAGUGCAAUGACCAUUUUGGAUUUUUUUUUAAUGGACAUGCUAUUUUUCUGAAGACGAUCCUGGAACGUUGUGAUGACCACCAACAGCGUGUGGGCUCCAGCGGCAGGCCAUGAAGAUGACACCGUGCACCUGGCCGACCACGCUCUUCUUCUUGAUAUGGCUGUGCAAUGACGUUGUAUCAAAACGGAACCACACUCUGAAACCCAGGGUGGUACUGCCUGAAAACUAUGUGAAAGAAAUGCGACCGCCCGCACGCAAAGGUCAACCAGUUAUUGUCGAGUUCAGUAUAUACGUAGUGGAUGUGAAUUCCAUUAACGUGGAAGAUAUGGAUUUCAGAGUCGACAUGUUUAUCAGACAGACGUGGAGCGAAAGCCGCCUUCAGUUGCCUGAAGACAUCUUCGAAGAGGGGGAUGACCACGUCACGUUGCCGCCAGAAUUCUUCGAGAACCUGUGGCAUCCUGACCCUUACUUCUUGAACUCGAAAGUGACAGAGAUCGCAGAGUUGACGCACAAAUUUUCUUCAGUGACAUUGUACAGGAACCAGACAGUGAGGUAUGCGGCUCGGAUGCACGCCAUCAUAGCCUGCCAGAUGGAGUUUCAGCUUUAUCCCAUGGACAUACAGUCCUGUCCGAUUUAUAUUGAGAGCUUUUCGUACAGCAAUCAAAAAGUGCGGUUUCGAUGGAGCGAAGCGGGGGUGACAAUAAACCCGGAACUGAAACUACUGCAGUACCACAUAGGGGAACCGCUGAGACUGGAAGAAACGAAUGGCUAUAUGAUAGACAAGGACGGUAACUACUCCAGACUGGUAGUAUACUUCAGGUUCGAGCGUCAAAUCGGUCACCAUUUGAUCCAGACGUUCGCACCUUCUUCCCUGGUCGUCAUGCUGUCCUGGUUCAGUUUCUGGCUGGACCUGGACGCCAUACCUGGCAGAGUCACACUGCUGGUCACCUGCAUGUUGACUUUGGUCACCAUGUUCACUGGGUUAAGAGCUGAUAUACCCCCAGUUGCGUAUGUUAAGGCAUUAGACCUAUGGAUGGCGGGCUGCAUGAUGUUUGUCUUCGCCGCCCUGGGGGAAUUCGUGGUGGUAAAGGUUCUAGACAAGCAGUACCAGAUGAACAAGAACAAGGCGCAGGAGGCCGUGCCCAGAAUUAUUCCCGUGCGCUUAAACGGCGAGAAAGGCUCCUGCGGCACGGUGGCCGCGUGGGAAGGUAGCGGGGUUCGAUGCCGGAAGGUGGACCUGACCUCGCCAACGUCUCCUGCCGCCACUCCUGCCGUCCACCCCGCACCAGCUGCCCAUAGCACGCCGCACCUAGUCGGUGUUGAGCGACGUCAGAGCAUUUUACAGGUGGCUUGGCUAGACGCGGACACUGGACAAGAGAGGGUGCUAUGGCGGGAGAUAGACAAGCUAUCCCGCGUGGUUUUCCCCGCGUUGUUCCUCCUUUUUGUGACGAUGUACUGGCCUGUCCUACUUCUCAAGACAAAAACAUCUUCAUAACGUUUACAAGUCAUACAUAGCUAUCAUUAGUGUAAGCUUAAUAUGAAAUCUAAAGUCUGUUCUUUUGUUGGUGAAUCUGGAUAAGUGUGAGUCGGAAUUGAGGGCGAAGGGUUCUAUACCAUCCAUAUUCACAUUUAAAAAUGCGAAAUUAAAUGUUAUCUGUGACUUUUUACGGCUUAAGUGCUGAACCGAUUUCAAGUUACUUUAUAAACACACUAGAUGCCGCCCGCGACUUCGUCCGCGUGGAAUCAAUCCCGCAGGAACUCCGGAAUAAAAAGUAGCCUAUAUAUUAUUCUGGGUCUUCAGCUACCUACAUACCAAAUUUCAUUGUAAUCGGUUCAGUAGUUUUUGCGUGAAAGAUUAACAAACAUCCAUAAUGACAUCCUGACAUACUCACAAACUUUCGCAUUUAUAAUAUUAGUAGGAUAUUUUGUAAAUUUUCACCUGUCGCCGUUAUCAAUUUCGAGCAAAAAAAAAAGCACAAAACUCGUUUGUUGUAAUAAUAUUAUUUGAGAUAUUAUUUGUUGUAGUAACGGCAAUAGAUAUACAUUUUCUGUGAAGAUUUCAACUGUCUAGCUAUCACGGUUCAUGACAUGAGGUACUGACUGUUGACAGGCAGACAGAGCGAAAGAAAAAGACGAACAUAUAAACAGCAAAGUCUUCAGUAAUAAUAGUUCUUUGUCAGACCCAUUGGUUGACUGGUAGAUAAUGCUUCUAGCAUCGAGUCCGCCAAUUGUGCUAUACAUUUUUAUUUUGUACAAUAAAGUUUAAAUAAAUAAUGGUUUCUGUUAUUACUCUACGGGUACGGUACCCUAAAAUUGUAAACAAAAUGUCAGGUAUUUCCGCCAAUCAAAAUUACCUAUUGUGUUUCUGAUACGACGCCAUUAUUGGGAGAAUAAUCUGGGUCACGUGGUUUUUUUUCGUUCAUCAUUGUAAAAAGGAACAAUAUCUUUUUAAUUUGUGAUUGUUACAUAUGAUUUUGAUAAGAAGUAUUAGACAGUAAAAUUAAAUAUCGCGUAUGGUAAUCUGAUUAUUCAGUAAUGUUAUCUUCUUAAAUAUUAAAGCUAACUCUUUUCGGAGGAGUUAAGUGGAGCGUCCUCCAUUCAUCUCUUUUCUCUGUUUUUUUUUAUUUGUUGGUAUGUUGAUACGUUUAUUUUUUCUUUUAUUUGGUCCCGUAUUUUUCCCAUAUGUGAUAGAAUUAUUAAACCACCUUAACAGUAGAAGUAACGGUAUGGAUGUGACAGAAUAUUUGAGAGGUUUUAUCUUCCAAGAAACGUUGCACAAGUGAGUCAUGGCUCAUUGUAUAUAGUUAUUAACAUAGAGUUUUAUAGAGUAAGUCCAAUAUUAUAUUAGUAUUUAGUGAUUGAAUUUUACAAAGUUAAUUUUGCUACUUUUGUAUAUACCUAGUAAAUGAGAUUUGUCCGUAAACACUGAAUUAGUAAUAGGACAAAAAGUAAUGGAAUUAAAAGAAAUGUAGGUAUCUAUGUAACUAUGUAGAUGACGCUCAAACAAAAACAUUUUAAUACAAAAAUAACAAAAUUAGUUUUUUUUUCAAUACGUAUUUUGUAAAAAGUAUGCACAAAUUGAUUGAAAAUCCUUUUAGAUAUAAGUUGUUAUCGACAUUAAGAGAUUUUGGGCUUAAUUUUUAAUUUAGUUUCGCUAAGCGUGUAACUGAGGUGCUGAUAGAAUAUUAAAUUAGUGAGGUAUAGGUGAGCAUGUUAUUAGGGUAAACGCCCGGAGGAAGAAUAAUAUAAUAUGAUAACAGAUUUUGUAAGUCAUACAAACUUUCAUUACCUACUGUUUCAAACAACAAUAUUGCUAAAACAUUUUUUACAGAUAAUGAUACAUUGACUUAACUAAAAACUCUUAUUACAUAUAUUUUUUUAUUAAAAAAAAUGAUAAUUUUCUACAAAUAAUUAAAAUAUGAGACGUUUAUGUAGAAGUGUGCAAGGAUUGUAAUAAGUGGAAAGUCUCUGCCUACCCUUCAGAGAAAGAAGCGUGAUUGUAUUUAUGAGACUUUUACAUACUUAUUAUAUUGAUUAAAUUAUUAUUUUUUGUAAAAAAAACAUUGUCUUACGAAAAGCAUUAUAAAUUUGAGAAAUCUACCGUCGAAGUCCUAUGUAGUGGUCUCUUUUGACCUCACGCCUAUGAAGUCAGGUGGAUGUGUCAAAACUGAAAUUAUUUAGUGCUCUAAAGUUAACUUUGGAUACAAAGUAUCACAGACUUUAUAGUUUAAGCUGUAGAAGAAGCAUUGGUACCAACUGAAAAAUAUACACAAAGUAUAGCGAGGCAUUUUUUUAAAAAAGGUAAAAGAAAUAUAAAAAAGUUACCUCUUUACUUUAUUCAGGAAUUUUAAAAUUUUAUCGAACUUGAUAACUUCGAUUUAAAAAUUCAGAACAAUAUAUGUAAUUGAAGCUUGUAAAUCAUUCAUGUAACGUAACUAAUAACAAGAAAUUAACGUUAGAAAAAAAUGAAGUUAGCGAGUUGGAUAUUAUAUCGAGUGAAAUAAUUUUAUUUAUUUAUCGGAGAGAAUAUAUAUGUAUGUAUAUAUGUAUAAAUUGUGUGAAAGAGAUGCCUGUUAGUUACUAUUAAGGUGCUUAAUAUUGUUAAGUAUCAUGACCACGGUUCACGAAUAUUCAUCAGCUUUAAACCAUUGUGAUAGCCUAGUUUAUAUAAAUGUAGUAUUUAUACAGUCUAAUUGAUUUAUAAGCACACAUUGCGUAAGUAUAAAAAUUAAAAAGAUAUUAUAUAUUUUGAAAUUAUUAAAUCUAAUUUGAAAUGAAGUAAUCAUUUUUUUUUUCAUAGUAGGUAAUUAUAUAUAUUUUUACACAAUGAAAUUAUGGAACCAUUAUUGAAAGAUGGCCGAAAUUAGGUUUCCUUGCACAAAUUGGGGUUAUCAUUACCGAAUUACGCUAUCAUGUUCCAAUUUCUACGGUUUGACCACCAUUUUAAAACAAAAAAAGGUCAAAAUAAAUCCCGAUAAAGCUACAAUAAAAAAUUGAAGUUUUAAUUACAAUUAGAAAUUUUGUUUUAAAAAGAAAAAAAACUCUAGUUUUGGCCAGAUGCUUUCUACAGUCCGAAAUUAUUUUCCGACGGUAAUUUGGCUCACCAACAGUUCAACGAUAAUUUUUCAAUCUCAGGCGUUCAGCUAACAGGCCUGUUCGUCUCCAAUCCAUUCGUUGAUAGAAUGGAUUCAUUCAUUCAUUCAUAUAGUCACGUCUAUAUCCCUUGCGGGGUAGAAAGAGCCAAAAGUCUUGAAGAGACUGGUAGGCCACGUUCAGCUGUUAGAAAGGCAUUAUACUUUUAUUUCGACGAAUCGCUAAAAGACGUGAAGUCAUGUACCCAAUUUUUAGAUGACGUACAAUAAUUUCGUUGAACCGUUUGUUGACCAAAUGACCAUUGGAGCACAAUUUCAGACUACGCUUUGUCAUUGCUCAUUUCUGCGUAUAGUUUGUAAGCGAUGCUCAUUUUCAUAAUCAGCGAUAAUUUAUA